ACUCUAUGGCUUAUGGUUCUGUACUUUCUCUUCUUCAAACUUUAGAGCUACUUCAGCAGACUAACCCCAAACUUAUUCGGGGUCAAACUGCUGAAAUGCUUGAUUCUCUUCAUGCGACCGCGGAAUAUAUUAAAAAUGUUCUUGAAGACACAAGCAAGAUCAGAAGGUCUGAUGAUGAUGCUGAAAAUAUCAAAUUGUUGGAGGAAAAAAUUAGAGUUGCUGCUAGUGAUGCAGAAGAUGUUGUUGAGCGGAAUUAUCAUCAGUUCUUCAUAGGCUUAAGCUGGAAAUUGGGAGCAGCGCGUAAAACUUUUCCAGACAAAGAUUUGAAAACAGUUGUUGAAAAAAUGGUUACAACAAAGAAACAAGUGACGGAGCUUGUUUCUUGUUUUAGCUCAAGUACUCAUGAUGCUGAUGCCGAUGAUGAUGAUCAAAUUCUUGAGUUAUCUGGGGAUUCCAUCCUUGGCAAGUUGUCUUCUACAAGUAAUAAUCCAAUGGCAAAUCCGGAAGAAACGAUCGUGCAGGGACUUGAUGAUGAUUUGAAGAAAAUAGUUAAAAGAUUGACAGGGCCACCCUCAGAUCUAGACAUUGUCACCAUAUCAGGCAUGGGUGGCAUCGGCAAAACAACACUUGCUAGAAAAGCUCAUGAUCACCCGGAAAUCAGGUAUCAUUUUGACAUUCAUGUUUGGGUUACAAUAUCUCAAGAAUUUCGACCUAGAAAUGUGUUGUUAGAUGCUUUACAUUGCAUUUCAAAGAAAAUAAAUAUUGUCGAUGAAAUUGAUUAUAAAAAGAAGAACAAUGAGUUAGCCGACCUAGUGCAGAAAAAAAUAAAAGGUCGAAGAUACCUUUUUGUUGUUGACGAUAUUUGGAGUAUGGAUGUUUGGGAUAACAUAAGAGGAAUGUUUCCCGAUUACAACAAUGGGAGUCGAAUCUUAUUGACUACUAGGGAAACUGACGUCGCUAUGUAUGCAAAUACAAGUAUCCCUCAUGAGAUGAACCUCUUAAAUUUAGAUAAUAGUUGGGAGUUACUUCGCGAUAAGGUGUUUGGAAAAAAACAUGUUCAUCCUCCUGAAUUGGAAGGAAUUGGAAAGAAAAUAGUAGAGAAAUGCCAAGGACUGCCCUUAACAAUUUCAGUAAUCGCUGGACAUCUUUCUAAGAUGGCAAGGACAUUACAAAGUUGGAAGGAUGUCGCCCAAACCUUGGAUCAAAUCGUUGCUAGUCAUCCAGAUAAAUGCUUAGGAGUGCUUGGUUUGAGUUACCACCACUUGCCAAUUCACCUCAAACCUUGCUUUCUUUCUAUGGGUAAUUUCCCUGAGGAUUUUCAUAUUGAGACUUGGAGAUUGAUCCAGUUAUGGAUUGCAGAAGGUUUCAUAAGGACAUCUGGAGGUUGUAAAAGGACGUUGGAGGAAGUGGCAGUUGAUUAUUUGGAGGAUCUUAUCAGCAGGAACUUGAUCUUGGUUAGCAAAAGGAGAUUCAAUGGUGAGAUAAAAGCAUGUGUGAUGCAUGAUCUAAUGCGUGAAUUCUGUUUGAAAGAAGCUAACGCCACAAAGUUUAUGCAUGUUGAGAGAACCCAGGGCCUAGUCCAUACUCUUCCAGCCCAAAAUUAUGAUGUUCGUCGCUUCAGUUUACAAACUCAAUAUUCGUAUGUAGCCAAUAAUUGUUGCAAGCAAUUGCCCCAUGUUGCUAGAUCCAUCUACUCAUUUCGUCUAGUAGUUGGACCUUCUAUUGCCCGUUUCAACCUUCUGAGGGUAUUAGCCAUCUUCAAUCGAGGGUUCUCUUCAUUUCCACUUGAGAUUACAAAGUUAUUUCAGUUGAGAUAUCUUGCAAUUAUAUGUGACUCCAGUCUUCCUUCAUCAAUCUCGGGGCUUCAGAAUUUGCAAACUUUAAUCCAUGAUAAGUCUUUUUUUUAUAGAGAGUCUUAUCAUGCACCCAUGGAUAUAUGGAUGAUGAAGAACUUGAGGCAUAUACAUUUUCAUAGAGCCAGUUAUUUAACUGGUCCUAGAAGAGAAUAUAUUCAAAAUAAGUAUCGCGUGUCAAGGAUGCUAAAUCUAGAGCAACUUUCUGGUCUCUGUGCCACCAGUUGUAAAAAUGAAGUCUUUUCUUGUACUCCCAAUCUAAAGAGAUUGAUCGUCCGGGUAACUUAUGUCAGUACAGAUUACCUCAUUGAUAUGUCCAGCUUGAGAAACCUCGAAGCAUUGAAGUGUUUCAAGAAAGCUUUUUCGAAAGACUCCAUCAAGAGGUUUUGUUUCCCGACAUCACUUAAGAGGUUGACUUUAGCUGGCCGGUUUCAUUUUCCUUGGGAAGAUAUCUCAACUCUCGUCAUGUUGCCAAAUCUUGAAGAGCUCAAACUUAAAUAUCAUGCAGUCAGCGGUACAGAAUGGAGAUUGAGUGAUGAAAAACGGUUCCAAAGCUUGAAGUUGUUGUUACUUAACGAGCUAGAUUUUCAGAUUUGGGAAGCUACCUGUGAUAGCUUCCCAAAUCUAAAACGCCUAACUCUAAAGAAUUGCAAGAACCUCAAAGAAAUCCCAACAGAUUUUGUGGAAAUCUUUACUUUGGAGUCCAUCGAGUUACAUGAUUGUGAUGCUGCUGUUAGGAAUUCUGCAAAAGAGAUCGAACAAGAACAACAAGACAUGGGAAAUAGUUCACUAAAGGUCUACAUCUUUAACAGUCGUGGGUGUUAAAGCUAAUUUCGAGGGACAAUUUUAUGUGAUCUUCCAAAUGAAGAACCUUUUUAUUUAUGUUUUGGGAAAGAUCACGUUUAAUACAUGUCUCUCACCAAUUUGUGAUUUAGUAUUCUGUAAAUCAUAACUACUUUACAGUUCUUUCUAUUUUAUUUUAUGUGAUAUUUUGAAAUGAAAAGGUUUCGAUCUAUUAUGUAUCAUCUAUGAAGUAUAAGAUGCAUAUUAUAUCAAAUGCAAUGUUUUUUCUCUUUUUCUCAUAGCCAACUAUUAUGUAUCAUCUAUGGGGUAUAAGAUGCAUAUUAUAUCUGAUGUAAACUGAAUUUACAGAGAUGAAGAACCCCGAUUCAGGGUGAUGACAUGAGGAAGAAGAAGAGAGGGGAAGGA